AUGUUCGCCAGUGCGCUCCAGCUCUCCCACCCUCCGCCUCCAUCACGCCGCCCAACUCAUUCAACACAUCUUCACCAAACCACAGAACAACCUCACCUCCGUACGAUGGCGGGCGACGAGAUGUCGGAGACAUCAGUGGAGACACCAGGUAGCAGAAUGGCAGGGGGGCGAUUAGAGAUGCCCGUUUUGACACAUGCCGAGUUUGAAGCGCUCCGCAAGGAUAUCGUUGAACUAUCAAAAUUCCACGUGCAAGAAGCAUUGGCAGAGAUGGAUGCGGCACGCCGCGAAGAGAUCCAGAAUUUCCGCAACAAGCUCGAGGAGAUCCAGUCUGCCGUCAAUGAAAACACAAAGAUGGUGGCAUCUUUCCUGUCAACUCUCAAUGACAUGGAACGUCGUUGGCGUACCAGACCUCUAGGUGUACAUGAGAACCAAGACUCCUCCAUGGCGGCUCGUCCGCGGAUGCAUGGAGAUAUGUAUCGCCCGCGAACUCCUCCUUACGUCGCCAACGAUAGCGGAUAUGCGUACGAAACCUUUUCGAACCGUUACAUCAGCCCCUCCACCUCUCGUGAGACUUCAGAACUCUCAGACUACCCGUCGUCUUCUGCCGCCUCAGGAAAUGCCAUCGAGUGCUCACCGGCAGGCUUCCGCGACUACAUGCAGGCUAUCCAAGCGCUUCGAGAACACGACCCGCGUCAGGCUGAUUUCGAUGACCUUCCUGAAUCCUCGCCGACAACACCCAAGGCUCCUGGAUCCAGACGACCGAUGCGGCCCCCAGUCGUAACGAAGCGACCUCCAGUCGUAACGAAGCGACCAGUCACAACCGACGACGCACCAGAAUUAAAGCGACGUAGAGUAUUCCCUGCCCAGAAAGCAGCGCACGUAGCGCCCACGGCGAAUCCAUUGCAUCCUCUCUCUUUCAUGAACCUCCUCAGCAAACCACCCAACGCUUACCCGAAACCCAACGAGUACAAAUUGUUCCCGGGAAACGUCACCUACGUUAUGCAAAAGGAUAAUUUGGUAGUCGUCUCCUUCCCCGAAAAAGUCCCCCAAGGACUAGAAGCAGCUAUUAAAGGGGUCAUCGGCGAACUUGAAGCGAGGAGACCAGGAUGGCGAUCGGCGCCAGGUCUGUUCACUGCCUGGCCUUGCAUUUUCAACUACGGUCACGGUGGUGGUAGCACGUGGACGCGCGAGGGACGCUACCGAUACGCGUGCCGGUCUUGCUCCUCUCAGGGCAGGCCGUGUAUCAAGAUGGCCAAGCACGAGGAGGAUGAAGAUCUCAUUGAGGUCACGGCGUUCUCGCUUCAUCCGACGCUCCGGAAGGGGUUCUCGCGCGCGCAGCUGGACUACUGGGUCUAUGACUCUGAGUACGUUUUCAACUACGACUGCUUCAAGAAUGCGCUGAAGUAG